AUUCCCGCUACAAAUCAGCGAAUCUCCGCUACAAAUCAGCGAAUCUCCGCUACAAAUCGGAAUCUGGGGGCCGGAGCUCGAAUAUCCAACGUCCAACGUCCAACCAACUCCACCGCGGUGUUUUACGGCUAGUUAGCUGUGUAACUUAGCGAUGUGAGCUAAGGGUAACGCUCCAGUAUCAAUUUAGCCUGGCGCGAUAUAAUAUGGAUAAGCAAUAUAUUGUAGUAUGUUGUUAUUAUUUUCAGGAAUAUAAAAACGGAAUAAUUAAUAUCACAUCGCUAUUUUUGUAUGGCGAAAAGAAGAGAACUCUUGCUUAUACAUGAAAGGCUUUGCCAACGUCUCCAUGGCCCAAUGAUGCGCCGCCACUGGCUGCUGGUCGGCGCUUGCGGAUGGGUUCUGCUUAUUCUCAUGUUCGUCAGCAAAUUCAUCAACUUCAGCUUCAGGAUGCCAGACGACUAUGGAGGGAGACCUGUGCUUUUAAACUGGACCUCUCCAGCCAUAAAGACUGUAAACCCUCUAAAUCCGCUUUUACAGAACGCAGCCUCACAGCCAUCUGCAGCGUCUUCAGGCGGCCCAACUCAGGAGGAGCUCUCAGACUGGGAGUCGGUGAUGGCGCAGCGUUUGCAGCUUUCAUCCAGUGUUUGCAGGAACUCCUCUCUCUGGAACCUCACACACACUCCUUUACGCAAGUUCGUCCUCGACCGCAUCUUUGUGUGCGACAAACACAAGAUUCUUUUCUGCCAGACGCCCAAGGUGGGCAACACGCAGUGGAAGAAGGUUCUAAUUGUCCUCAAUGGAAAGUUCUCCAAGGUUGAAGACAUACCCGAGAAUGUGGUCCAUCACCAUGACACAAACGGUUUACCUCGCCUGUCCUCUAUGAGUGACUCAGAGAUCACGGAAAGAUUAAACACAUAUUUUAAGUUCUUCAUUGUCCGAGACCCAUUCGAGCGCCUCAUAUCAGCCUUCAAGGAUAAGUUCCUGGAGAACCCACGCUUCGAACCGUGGUACAAGCAAAACAUUGCCCCCGCCAUUAUCCGCAAGUACCGCAAAAAUCAGCGCAACUCCUCCGGGAGCGCUGGUCUGCACUUCGAGGACUUUGUGCGCUACCUGGGUGACAAGCCGGGGCGAAAACAUCUCGACCGCCAGUUCGGAGAGCACGUCAUCCACUGGUUAACAUACACUGAACUCUGCGCUCCCUGUGACAUUUCCUACGAUGUGAUCGGCCAUCACGAGACACUUGAGCAAGAUGCACCGUUUAUCCUCAAAUCUGCCGGAAUCGAGGACUUGGUAUCGUAUCCCAGCAUCCCUAAAGGCAUAACGCGCUACAACCGAACCAAGGUCGAGCAUUAUUUCUCUGGCAUCAGCAAGAGAGACAUACGACGCCUUUAUGCUUGCUACCAGGGGGAUUUUAACCUUUUUGGGUACCAGAGACCUGACUUUCUGCUUGACUGACAUCUGGAUCUAUUAGAAAGUUUUUUUUUUGUCGUUGUUUUUUUUUUUUUUUUAUCAGAAACAGCAGGUCUUAUGUCACUCUAGUCUUCCUGUAACUUCCACUCCAGCGCAAAUAAGGCGCGUUAAACCUGUAUGGUUUGUAUCGUUUACAGAACCGUAAUAAUGAAACUACUGUAAAGUAAAUAACAGAUAAAUUAAACAUUAUCUUAACGAUUAGUAGUUUUUCUCUAUUAAUCCAGUUGUAUAUUGAAAUGUCAUCCGAUUUUCUGUCUCUCAGACUCUCCCUACAGAAACAGUUGCUUACUAAUAGAACAAUAAUGCUAAUGAUUCCCAUCAUAACUUUUUAUUAAACAUUAA